UUUAAGUUCGGUGGGUGAGAGGGACAACUUGUGAAUGCAAAUUGAGUCUUAAACUGAUUUUUUCUACAACUAUUUGUGGAUUUCGUUUGUAUUAAACGUGACCUACUGUGUUUUAUAUGUGGCUUUCUGUAGUCGCAUGAGUACUGGCUAAAAAGAAAGAGAAAGGAUUUGAAAGCGCAAUCUAAGCAGUGGAUUAUAACGUGCCGUGUUGAGACAGAUACUAUCUAUCCUUCCCGAGAAAUUCGUUUGUGAACAAAACCAAACCCAGUUGUCUGAGCUGAAUAUUCCAGGAGAAUGGAGGAAAUUCAAUCUUUGGACGCGUCAUCCAAUCGGAUUGAUACUAGAGCAACGGGAGCUGUUGCAAAUGCUCACGGAGUUCUAAUCCGCAAAGCUGUUAAAACGUAUGGUUCCGGCAAAAAUAGUUGCAACGUCCUACAAGGGCUGGACAUGUCCGUUAAACGAGGAACUAUAUAUGGGCUGUUGGGGGCUAGUGGUUGUGGAAAAACUACACUUUUAAGUUGUGUCGUUGGCAGUCGUGGUUUAAAUAGCGGAGAGAUAACAGUCUUGGGACACGAAACCGGUUCUGUUCAUAGCGGAGUCCCUGGCCCUAAUGUCGGCUACAUGCCACAAGAAUUGGCCCUCUAUGGAAAUUUCACAAUCAAGGAGACGCUCUUUUUCUUCGGUGCUAUCUACAAGUUAAAGGCGGCAUUCAUCAACUCACAAUGUGAAUUUCUGUGUAAAUUGUUGGACCUACCUGCGUGCGAUCGUUACGUCAAGACGCUGAGCGGCGGUCAGCAGCGCCGUGUGUCGUUCACCGUUGCGUUGUUUCACGAACCCGAAUUACUUAUUUUAGAUGAGCCAACUGUAGGAGUCGAUCCCGUACUUCGACACAGCAUCUGGAACCAUCUUAUACGGCAAAGUGUCGAACAUGGAAGAACAGUCAUUGUCACAACGCAUUACAUCGAAGAAGCACGAAAUGCUCAUACGGUUGGAAUGAUGCGGUCAGGUCGGUUGUUAGUGGAAGACUCACCUGAAAAUCUACUAAGAAAAUUUCAACUCUCGUCGUUGGAGGAUGUCUUCGUCCAGUUUUGUAUGAGAGACGAUGGUAGACAUUCAAUGGAACAAACUAGUUCUACCGGAUCACAGGCUGCAAUUUGUGAUUCGACUGAAGCUAUUGCGUCUCAAACACUUUCUUGUGAAACAAAUGUAAAUAUGGACAUUCCUGUAACGACCCGGCCAGUUAAUGACGAUAGCGUUAAUUCCAAAGCAAGAUUAUGCAAAAGUUUUAACUAUAAAAACAUCUUGCCAUGUCCUCAUCGUCUUUCCGUGCUCAUUCGCAAGGACUAUAUGAUGUCAUUUCGCAGCAUUGGAUUGUUUCUGUUGACCUUUUUAAUGACCGUUUUCCAAACGGCUGUGAGUAGUAUUGCUCUUGGUAAUGAGCCAAUAGAUCUCAGGAUGGCCAUUGUCAAUGAUGAGCUUGAUCCGGGUUUGGGCCGUGUUUGUACCAACGCGACGGAUUGCGAGUAUUCCAUGCUUAGUUGUCGUUAUCUUCGUUAUAUUAACGACAAGAUAAUUCAGGUACCCUAUGAAAAUAUCUCUGAUGCCAUGGAGGCUGGAAGAAGAGGUCACGUCUGGGGUGUUGUCCACUUCGGUAGGAACUUCACUGAAGAAUUCGAAAAGAAAGACUGGGCAGUAGACUUAGAAAGCAUCAUUGGCAGGCGGAUAAAUGUUCACAUGGAUACAUCUAAUCAACAGGUUGCUGUAUAUCUCCAUAGAUGGCUGGUAGAUGCAUAUGAUGGUUUUGUGAAAGAUUUUUCAAAAGUAUGCGGACAGAAUCCGGAAGCAGAAAAGAUGCCUAUUAUGUUCCUCGAUCCAGUUUACGGCCGGGAAGAUGCUCCGUUUAAGGAAUAUACGGCUGCUGGUCGUAUAAUAUCGAUCAUUUACACCGGUGCCCUUCUUUUAACAGCAACCACCAUGGUUAUCGAAAAAGAACAAGGUCUUCUUGAUCGCAAUCUGGUGGCAGGUGUUCAAAUGCAUGAAAUUUUGAUCAGUAACUUGAUGAGCCAGUUCAUGUUUAUGGUUGGCCAGACAGCGUUGACUUACUUGGGAAUGUUAUUGGUUUUCAACGUUCCUUGUUACGGAAAUGUAGUACUAGCUGUCCUGAUCGGUGUUCUUCAAGGAAUCGUCGGCAUGUGCUUCGGUUUGCUGAUAGCCGUUGUUUGCGACAAUAUGAAUGGCGUUAUUUCUCUUUCGACCGGAAACUUUAUGAUGGUGAUUGUUAUGGGUGGAAUGUUGUGGCCGAUUGAAGGGUUGUCAUAUUACUUAAGAGAUGUGGUUUAUUGUCUUCCAUCGACGAGCGCCAUAAAAGCUCUUAGAUAUGUAAUGAUUCGCGGAUGGGGGUUAGAAAAAGCUGAUGUUUUCGAGGGUGUUCUUGCGAGCCUCGUAUGGAGUUUUGGGCUGUUGGCACUCUGCGUAUGUGUCCUGCGUUAUCGUAAGAAUUCUAGUUAGAAAUAACUAAUGUGCCUUUGUUAUAUUUAAUUAAUUUAUAGGCGUAUACGAUCUUAACUGUUUUAUUAAUCGUUCAUUUUCCACAUCUGCAGUCUUCAGAAUCUUUCGUGUUUUCUUAUACGACACCGUUAUAGCUUUUGUGCUUUAAUUCAUUUCGUUCAUCAGGAUUCAGGGUAUCAAUAAUUUCGGUGCCCCUACUUUAAAAUGGUUCCAAUAGUGAUUGGUAUUUGAAGGCAUUUAAUUUGUUUUCCCAGUCUUCCAUAGGAGUCAUUGGAAAGACUUUCUUCAUUCACUUUGGCGUACGAAUACAUAAUAAAAGUGUGUAAUUGACGGUGAAUUGGGUAGGAUUAUACAUUACAUUUAUCACUAUUUUUCGUUAA